AUGCAGUGUGAUUCAGCCUCCUUGGGGGAACGUUUUGAAGACCUGAUUCAAUUUCUUCCAUGUCACAAUUUGCAAUUGGUUGCUUUGAGUGAACUGCCUUGGUUUGAUCAGAUCUUGCAAGCAUGGGAAGCCUUUCAGGGCACUCAGAGGGGUAUGCAACAGGACGCGUCUGAAUAUGCAGCCGCUGUUCUGUGCUGGCUGAGAGCACCAGCUGUCAACAUGACCUGGGAACGCCGUGUGGAAGAAAUGGGAUCAGUGUGCACACAUGACCAUGGAGAUGCUUACAUGCCCAUCACACUUUCACUACCUGCCUCUCAUGCCAUUUUGCCUGAACAGCAGUUCAAUUUGUCCUCUCUUGUUUGGCGCUGGAUGCAGGAACAUGGGAUGAUUGCUGCUUUGACGCAGGCCCCUCAGUGCCUAUGUCUUCACCUGGAUCGAUUUUAUCAGGCGGAUGGUGAGGUUCAUAAAAGCCAGUGCAUGAUUGACAUGGAGGCUGGCUGCACGAUGCCUGUCUUCACAAACACCUCCUUGCAGCGCGAAAUGGUUGAGUAUGUUUUGGUUGCGGCAGCAGCACAUUUGGGGUCUGACAAUGGGGGCCACUAUCGUGCGGCCUUGAAAACUUGCCCUGCAGUUCAAUUGACUGGACAGCCAAUGCAUUGGCUCAUCACCAAUGAUGAUGUUGAGGCGACACCCACAUGGAAGAUGCCAGACUGGUUUUGCCACAAUACAACCGUCUUUUGGUUGUUGCGAGCUGACAGUGUGCAUUUGCAUGCGUAUCAGGCCUUGCCUGCCCAAGACCCAGUGCAGAUUGAUGCAGCACAUGGACCUUCGACUCCGGAUCCACCCAAUGACUCCAUGCCAGUGCGUGACAAUGAUGCUGGCUCCCCUGCAGCCGUGCCGAAACCUGAUGCAAUGACAGAGGCCAUUUUGGCCAUGCAGUUCACCUGUUGGGAGCGAAGACGGCUCGGCGGCGCGGGAAGUGUAGACUACACCGAGUGCUGGCGGGGAAAGGCUCAGAGGUGCGGCACGGUGGUGAAAAACGGGGAGAACGCUGUGAUCUCAGAGAAAAACUUCAAGAAAUCGUUCAAAGAAUUGGGGUUCACAAUUCAAGAGUUCAAGGAGGACUUGGAGGCUUUGAGCUUGGAAGACUCCUUGACCUUGCCACCACUCCGAAGCGAGAAAGUGGCAGCAGGAAAGAUCUUGGAGCAGUUUGCACAUGGAGCCAGCAUAGGCUACGGAAGUGUCUUCUGCACUGGACAAGAUGUACCGCCCGGGCUUCACCCACAAGGCAAAAAACGGACGCAUCGACCAUCUAUGAUGCGCGUCUAUUCAGGAAACAGCAUGUGCCUGUCACAAAGCUUGGCUGUCAGCGAGGGGAAGCGACGUGAGA